UGCUGGUAAUAAAGUGAAAAAUUAAGUUGAUAACGUUGAAGAAUGGUGAAAACGGUAAGUUUAUGACUAAGACAAAGCAGAAUAGUUUGUAAGCCUGAAGAGGAAACUGUCGAAUGGGGUGGAUGAAGAAUGUUAUCGCCGUCAUGCAGAUCAAGUGUGAUAAUGUGAAACCUGAGUAUUGUUUUGCCAGAAAAUAAUAGGCUUCGUUCCGUCGGUUAAACUGGAUGUUUAAUGGACUACUUGUUAUGCGCUGCGUUGGAUCGUGUUACACAACCCGCUUUUCAAAAGCUAGACCUGACGUUGAAAUUUGUGUAUAUUGAAUUUCAUUUGGAAGAACCUGGCUCAGAGCAGUGCACCUUUUGUGUUUUAUAUCUGCCCUUAUACACACCAUACGCAGUAAAACAAGACUGUCAUAGAGUUUUCCACGCCUCCUGUCAUGAGGGGUAAAAAGAAAGAAAGAAAGAAGAAAAAAAGUGAGCUUCGAGACCUAGGCUAAGCCAUACACACCCCAGCCAAACUCAUUAGGUCGUCGUCGGGUUCCGACCGACUGGAUGUUUCAAUGCUUCUAUUUCUCUUGAAAAUCCCUGUUUGGGAAUUCAUCAAGAUGAGGCCGUGUGCAAUGCAAGUACUUCAACCACGCGGAAGGGAAUAACCUCAUCGGCUGAUGAACUCGUAUCUACUCUGGCCCCCUUCGUCUGGACAGCAACGGCGUACAUACAGUGUACUUCUGUACUUAUCUUCAAGUUUAUCAUAUAGUUGCAGUAAAGGAAGAAUGGAAACGUGUGAAGGAGGUCAUUAAUCAGUAUUGAAUGCAGAGCGGCUUAGCCGCUUCGGACGCAUGAGUGUCACCGACAACAAGAGCAAUGAACACAAGCGACCUACCAGGAGGGGGAGCACGGGGAGUCGCCGCUCUGCUCUGGCCAGGAAGCUGAGUCGAGGAUCCGUGCAGGACUCCUCCCACGCCUCCGUCGACGCCCACUCCACCCACUCCAACAACCCGGCAAAGUUGGUGGUCGAGAUCAACUCGCAAGUGGCGCUGUUCCGUGACCUCCUCAUCUGCGUGGGGCAGAGCAGAGACGGACCUGAACUGAGAGAGAGGAUACGGAAGGUGAGGCGCCAGUGUGUCGACACCUGCAAGCACGCCUCUCAGCUCCUCCUCCCCGGAAUCAAAAACCUUGAGAUCCAACUUUCAAAGAAAUAUGAAGAAAUCGUGACGUCCGGUAGCGGGAAACGAACUGGCGAUACCAUCACCAGGUCGGCAAGUGACGUAGCUGAGGGAAUCCCCGUCGAUAACCAGAACUUCGUUCACCUGGUGGCCUGUACCCAACUCAUGUGCCGAGAACUUAGGAAAUGCAAGAGAUUGAUCCAGACCAUGCCUGUGGACAUGACAGAGUAUUACGAAAAUAAACCUGGGCCAUCAGGAAUGGGCGGUCUGGGGGUUAUAUCUCAGUUGCUUCUCUGCAAGACACUACAGCCGGAUUUCCAGCAAGAAGAAAUCUGCAGCAUCUCAAAGGAUACAGAUGACAUCCUCGCUAUCUUAAAGGAGAUGCAAGAAUUCAUGCCUCAGGAGGAGGCUGGGACCAGAAACCUCGCCCUCACGGGCGAAGACAUGUUUAGCCUUUGGAGCAAAAAGAGAGCGCGGCGUUCUUUCUACAGCAACAUGUCUGCUCUGUGCUGCACGUGUAAACCAGCUUAUUUGUAAUACGCCAAAGUCUAGUUCUUGUACCACUCCACCUGUAAUCUACACAUUAU